AUGAUCCGUCUCCGUAAUGAGCUGUCGAGCGCCUCCCGAGUCCCCCGUGCCGGGCUGAUUCACCGCCGCGCCGUGCACCUCGGCUGCGCUGCCGGUCAAUCUCAUCAGCUGGGUGGGGUGCAUGGCUUGUUGACCUCCCCCCCAGUCAGCCAACAUCCCAACAAGCAAGCCCAGAUUGAGAUGGCCCACCAACCAAACAUCAUCAACGGACUACUCCAGAUCAAACACUCAUCACCAACAACCAUCUCAACAACAACAACAGCAACAACAGCAACAACUCCACUUCAGAAGAACUGCACUACCAAAAGAGCCUCAGUAGCCAUCAUCAUCCGAAUCGCACCCGACUCGCAAUCCACACCAUCAUCACCCACUAAUUACUCGACGCCAGAAAGCUCAUCAUCCCCAACAUCAGAUUUCCAACGAUCAUCACUAAAGCCUCACAACCUAAAAAACCACUCAGACGAGCUCAACCAACAACUACAGCAGUUCUUCUCACAGCCAUGGGUCCAGAACGGCACGGCCGAACUAUUCUACAUCGAACGAGCAACCAGGCCCAAUGAUCGAUGGUCAGCCCACAUGGCUUUCCCAGGCGGAAGGAUGGAGCCAGAGGACGAGGAUGGUCUGUUUUGUGCGAUGCGGGAGACCUGGGAGGAAGUAGGAAUCGAUCUGGCCGAGAAGGAGUUCAUCCAGCUAGGCAGACUCGACGACCGGGAGAUCACCACGAGCUUAGGCAAACGACUCCUCAUGGUCCUCAGUCCAUACGUCUUCCUAUCCACCCACCAUCCCAACAGGGCCCCCAUCCCGACUCUCGAACCCGCCGAAGUCACUGCGGCCUACUGGGUCCCAUUCCAUUCACUCGCCGGCCCCCAGACAAGGUGGGGCGAGAUGACCAUCGACCUCUCCUCCAGACUCGCCCCCUCAAGAGGUCCACUCAUCAAGUUCUUCCUGCGAUCUCUCGUCGGCAGUAUGCGCUUCCGCUCCAUCCUGCUCCCUCAUAACCCGAUCACUGAACUCACCAGAACCUCCUCACCGCCACCACCACCACCACCAUCAUCAUCAAAACAACAACAACAAGAAGAAGACCAUCAACCACGUCCCGAUCUCAAUCUCUGGGGUCUCACCCUGGGAAUGACACUUGAUCUGCUCUCCUUCUUUAAAACUUCUGAUCCAUCUCUGCCUGACCAACCCAACCUAUUCAAAUCCCCGUCACUCGAACAUCUCAACGUACCUCCGCGCGAAAUCACGCUGGUUGCACCGAGCAUCACUAGCAUCUUUCCUCGAUUUACUCAUCCGGAUAUCAAUGCACUGAUUUGGUUGUUAGGAAGACGAUAUCGUAACUUGAUCAAGCGAUGUCAAGACCAACAACAACACCAACAGAUGCAGAUGAUAAAUAUCGGAAAGCAGCGAAUGGAAGAAGACGGAUCCGAAGAAGAAGAGGGGCUAGAAGGAGGGAGAAAAGCCGAGGAUGAGGAGGAGAAGAAGCAGCAGCAGAGGAGGAGGAAGAAGCACAAGAAAGGGAGCAGCAGUCAAGGUGGCCAAAAGAUGACGAUCAACUACAUGAACAACGAGAUCUCGUGGACGAGUCUGGCGAUGAAGGAGUUCUAUCGCUCCGUCCGAAAGGCCCUCAUCCUCUCCGUCCUCUUCCGCAUCCUCUCCGUCGCCGCUUCCCUUGCCACUAUCUCCUGCAUCUGGGGCCCUGCCGCAAUCGCCUCCUCGCGCCGUCUCCUCCACAAACUCUACGCUCGGUUGGCAUUGCGCUUCUUUCCUCGUCAUCAACUUGAUAAUCUGCUGGCAAAUCUUCCAUUGCUCUGGCGGCGUAAAGCGUCCUCUUGAGUCCCAAACAACUUUCUUUUUUUUCUCUCUUCUGCUUAUAAUAGUGUUAGCAUUAUUGUUUAUUCAUGUACCUAAUUAAUGUUAACAUCUCAUAUUCACUUCUCACCACAAAACAAAACAAAAUAAAGCUCACCUCACAAAAGCAGAUUAAGCACAACUUGAGAAAGUGCUGUUACAUAUGCAUAUAUAUAGUUAUCUCAUCAUGUAUUAUUUCCUAAGUUUGGCUUGGGUUUAUUCAUUCUUCUUAUGUAAUUACCUGAAUAUAUAUAUUUAUUAAAAAAAUUUAACAUUAAUCCUCAAACCAUCUGCAUCCACACUAGGUACCGCUACU